AUGACCUCAUAUCUGUCACGUCUGAGCCCCGUGCCAGGCUUCCCCGAAUACACCGGUCCGCACAAGGUCGGCACCAUAGACGUCGAACUGCCAGUCUCUGAAUUGGAUUGUCCCAGUCCUUCGCCCGAUGAGAGCAUCUCGACCGUCCAGUACCGAAUUUUCUAUCCGUGCCAGCCGGAUGCGAAAGGAAAAAAGAACGUCAAUUGGCUUCCAGCGCCCCAACGAGGAUACAUCUCUGCAUAUACCAAAUUCCUGGGUGCUGGCUCUAUGCUGGCAGACCUUAUUUCAUAUUUCCCAAACCACCUCUCCUACAUCUCGAUCCCCGUGAGAAAGAACGCUCCGCUCCUCCAACCGGAUACAGAGAAUAAGCGAUGGCCCGUAAUGAUAUUUUCGCAUGGUUUGGGCGGAUCAAGGAAUGCAUAUUCGCAUCUGGCGGGAUCAAUUGCUAGUCAUGGCGUUAUUGUGAUAGCACCUGAGCAUCGAGACGGAUCGACACCAAUCUCCUACAUUCGCGAUGUCCCAUCGAACAAUUCCAUAACAGAGAAGAGCGCCGCGCGGAAGAGCAAGCGGACAGUCAACUAUGUCCGUCUCUCUCACACACCAUCACCAGAAGUCGAAGCAGGACGAAAUGCACAACUCAAAGUCCGACUGUGGGAACUCGGUGCCAUUCACGAUAGCAUCCUGAAGCUGGACGUCGGCGAGAAACUUGAGAACCUCAACACCUCCUCCACAUCCCUCUACCCAUUCAAAGACACAAUGGACGUGCACACACCCGGCAAGAUAUCUUUCGCAGGCCACUCUUUCGGCGCAGCCACCGUCAGUCAAUUCGUGAAGUCAACCUUCUACUCCCCCCACACCUCCGAAGCACCCUCCUCCUACGAACCACUCUUCCUCCCCUCUUCCCGCUCCGCAAUCACCUCACAAAUAACCCCCCAAACCCCCCUCAUCCUCCUCGAUAUCUGGUGUCUACCCCUCCGCGCAGCCUCCAUGAGAUGGCUCUGGGACCACCCCUUCCCCUGCUACACGCCCUCCGGCCCCGGUGGCUCCGCACUCUUAGCUAUCGAAUCGCAAGCCUUCUACAAAUGGAGCGUUCACUUGAAAGCCACGAAGCGGCUCCUAUCACCGAAUCCCUCUACCUUCGAAUACAACUACAGCAAGGAAGACGGUGGGAAGUGGAUCGAGCCCAACUUCUUCUACGCAAACGCCAGCGCGCAUCUAAGCCAAUCCGACUUCGGGCUGCUCUUCCCCUGGGUAACAAAGCGUUUUCUCGCCGCCGAGGAACCAGAGAGGGUAAUGCGGCUCAACGUCCGGGCAAUCCUACAACUCCUUAGAGCACAAGGAAUCACUGUCUCCGCAACGUCGGCGAAGGACAUGGAGCUAACGGGCAAGAAAGGCAUGGAGACAAAAGACGAUAGGUUGAUUUUGGGGAAGAAGGGAGUCAGGGCUUGGAAUUGGAUUAGCACGAAUGUGGAGGAGGAUUGUAAGGAUGCCGAGGAUGAGGUCGAGGAUUCGGAGACGACGGAGCCGGGUGAGGCCGUUGUGGGGAAUGAGUUGAUGAAGCAUACGGAUGGGACGAGUGAGCAGCUAUCUGAGCUCGUACAGACCCCUGAACCUGCGAAGAUAUGA